GAUGGAGAACUGUAGAAGAUCUGUGAUAGGCCUGUUUCUAGUCUUGUUUUAUUUACACGAAGCCCUAGGCCGGAUAGCAUUCGAAAAACUGACUGACUUCGAUUACCGUGGCAAUACGUAUUACACCGUGAAAAACCUCAGCCUAUAUGAAUGCCAGGGAUGGUGCAGAGAAGAGCCUGACUGUCAAGCUGCAGCAUUUUCCUUCGUGCUGAAUCCAUUGAUUCCCGUUCAGGAGACAGUGUGUCAGCUCCAGAAUGAAACCUCCUCCAACAACCCAUCAGCUGCACCACAACGCUCAGUCAACAUGUACUACAUGACCAAGCUGCAGCUGCGGUCAGACAACAUCUGUCUGAGACCGUGGGCUUUCGAAAGGGUACCAAACAAGAUGAUCAGGGGGUUGGACAACGCUCUUAUUUAUACCUCUACCAAGGAGGCUUGUCUCGCUGCCUGUCUCAAUGAGCACCGGUUCACAUGUAGAUCAGCUGAAUAUAACUACGUGACAUUACAAUGCCAGUUGAGCGAUACAGACAGAAGAGCAGGACAGUUUGUACAGUUCGUCGAUGCCCAAGGAGUAGACUACUUUGAAAAUCUUUGUCUGAAGGGCAACCAAGCCUGCAAAGGGAACCGAGUCUUCCAAGCUCCUCGUGUCGGUGUCGCAGAAGACAAAGUGGCUCAGUAUGCUGGUCUUCACUACUACACAGAUAAGGAGCUGCAAGUGAAUAGUGAAUCUGCUUGCAAACUGGCCUGCGAGAUCGAGAAUGAAUUCCUUUGCAGAUCUUUCUUGUACAGGGGACCACCUACCGGAUCGCAGUACAACUGCCAGCUUUUCCAUUUGGAUCACAAAACUUUGCCGGAUGGACCCAGCGCUUAUUUAAAUGCUGACAGGCCCUUGAUUGACAGCGGCGAAAGGAUUGGAUCAUAUUUUGAAAAUACUUGUGAAAAAUCAUCAACUUUGCCAUCUGACAACACCUUACCUGUGGUAUUCGAGACAACAGAGGACGCAAAUUUAAAUAACCAGAGCCGUACUGAUGUCAACUGUGAUAAAACGGGUACCUGUUAUGAUGUAUCGGUGAAUUGCAAGGACACAAAAAUCGCAGUCCAAGUGCGCACGAACAAACCAUUCAACGGAAGAAUCUACGCUCUUGGAAGAUCUGAGACCUGCAAUGUGGACGUCCUUAACAGCGACCAGUUCAGAUUGGAUCUCACGAUGAACGGACAAGACUGCAAUACGCAAUCUGUGACUGGCGUUUACAGCAACACAGUUGUCCUACAACACCACAGCGUUGUCAUGACCAAGGCGGAUAAAAUCUACAAAGUCAAAUGUACUUACGAUAUGUCAUCGAAGAACAUCACAUUCGGCAUGAUGCCUAUCAGGGAUCCAGAAAUGAUCAGCAUCACAUCUGCUCCUGAGGCUCCACCACCAAGGAUCCGCAUCCUGGACAGCCGUCAAAGAGAAGUGGAGACUGUUCGUAUUGGAGAUAAGCUCACUUUCAGGAUUGAAAUCCCAGAAGACACUCCUUACGGUAUCUUCGCCCGUAGCUGUGUGGCAAUGGCCAAGGACUCUAAGAGCACAUUCCAGAUCAUCGAUGACGAAGGUUGUCCUGUGGAUCCCACCAUCUUUCCUGCUUUCUCUCCUGACGGCAACGCCUUGCAAUCAAUCUACGAAGCAUUCAGGUUUACAGAAUCAUAUGGUGUCAUCUUCCAGUGCAAUGUCAAGUACUGUUUGGGACCUUGCGAACCGGCUGUUUGUGAAUGGGGAAGGGACUCGAUCGAAUCAUGGGGCAGGAGGAAGAGAAGCGUCAGCAACAACCAAACCGAUGAAGAAAAAGAAGAAGAUAUGACUUUAAGCCAAGAGAUCCUUGUACUUGACUUUGGAGAUGAAAAACAAUCAGAAUUUUUGAAGAGCGGGCUGAACAGUGCCGAUUUUGGAAAAGACAAGACUGUAACGAUCAUCGAGCCAUGCCCAACGAGAACCUCCGUAUUCGCUCUUGGCGUAACAUGCGCCCUUCUGGUGCUCCUUUACGUCAGCACGCUGUUCUGCUACUAUAUGAAGAAAUGGCUCAAUCCGGGAAAACACAUAGCCUAGAAUCACCACGGACUCCAAACGCGCGGUGCUUAGGAAAUAUCGUGUUUAGGCUAGUUUGGAAAUUCCUGCAUCAAGUUAAGUGCAAGUCAUCUCCAAGUGAUAGGAAGGUUCAUAUGCAACAAAGGGGUCUGUCAAAAUGUUGAUAUUUGUCAAAAUAUGCAUGAGAGAAUGCUUAAAAUAUGUUUAUGAUAGAAUAGUGGUUCCAAACGCAAGCUUUUUUUUAAAUAGCUAACAAAUUAAAAUUGUCAAAUCGUGAAAAUUAUAAAUGUUCAGUAAGCAGCAAUAUAUUUUGUAUCAAAAAUUAAAUUUAAAUUUAAUAUCGAUGUCGGAAAAGAGUUUCUAUUUUUGCUUUUGCAGCUGCUAGCCUGAAACUAUUUUAUCGUAGUGUAUUUUUAUAUCCCAUCAUAGCUUUUGUCUGUACGUAUUGAACAGCUCUGAUUUACCCAGUUUUAAACAUAAGUAUAGGAUAAUAUUGACUUACCCUCGUAAAUACAUUAUACAGUGCCAUAUCCAGGGCUGUCUUCAGCAUCACAACAGUGGCCAAUAUUUUUUGUUUGUUUAGGUAUAUGAUUAAAUAAUGUAGCAGACAAGACGGUUCUGGAUACAGUUUGGCAAUACAGUAUAAAUAUACUUCGUCUUCGAGUUUGUUAUAAGUGAUUGACUAAAUGAAUUUUUCGGGUUGGUGUAGGACUAUGGUGGUGGGUCGCUUCUUUUUUCUGUAUACAGGGUGAUUCUUGUAUUUUAGAUUUAUUUGCCUUUGAUAUGUCGUUCACGGCAAUACGCGAAACUUUACUCCAAUCAAGUAUGCUUUUUCAAUGAAAUCGAAUUUCUCGACGAAAAUCAUGAUUCGUUGAAAAUAAAAGCAAGAUGUAGAACUAAGUUAAAAAAACUAAGUUCUAUGAAUAAUCCAUAUCGAUUAAAGCAAAAUAAAACCGAUUUUCAUCUGGACGAUAUUCAGUUCUUACUCAACAUUACACAAACUGAAUGUAGGAGUUGAAGCAACAGAUGCAAAAAUAAGGUGGGGAAAGCUUUUAGAAGAAUGAUGAAAAACAUUCUUCUAAAAGCCUCACCAAAAAAGGCAUUGCUCGUGUAUGUCACAAUAAACUUAAAAUUUUUAUGUGAGCAAUCAGAUUCCUCAAUACUUUGGCUACUAAUGAGAUUCCAAAUCCCUUAUGUUGAGUUUCGAAUCACCUAGUUUAGUUGGUAUAGGCCGUUGAACAAUUUUUUUUUAUUUGCACCAAAAAUCUGGUUAUUUGAUAAUUUUUGGAAUCUCCCUGUAUAAGGUUUCUUGAUAAUACUCUUACCGUUACAAAAUUCAUUUCUAUCUCAUGUUUCUACUUCUAAGACUUUUACUCGAUCUCCAGUUUUUGUUCCUUGAACAAAAUUUUGUAACGGUGACAUAGCUAAGAGUUUUCCGUUCUGACUUGAUUUGUCUAUAUACUUAUUUAUUUUAUUU